UUCAAUUCUCAAUAUGGGAUUUUCCGAAUAAUAAUUUAUACUCAUAUAUUUUUUUUUCUUAUAAAAAAAAUAUAUAUUUGUAUUUUAUUAUUCUGAAUCUCUCUUAUUGAGAAACCAAAGCAACCAAAACAAAAAUUCUCUCUCUCUGUGUGUCAAAUCAAAUCGCUCCUCCUACUCCCCCCAUGGUGUUCCUUCCUUAACGUCCCCACCUCAAUCAAGCUCUCUUCCCUUCUUCAUUCCCAUCACACCCCUUUCAGUGGACGGAGAUUUGAUGAGACUUAUGCAUCUGGCGUCAAACCCUUUGAUUUCAACCUUUGAAUCCUCAUCGCUAUCGUGGUACCAAAAAAAAAAAACAUUAUGGCAAUGGAGGACAACGGGGGAAGCAAGGUGAGUGGAAUAAGGCAAAUUGUUAGGCUGAAGGAGCUUCUCCAAAAGUGGCAAUCUGUCACUCUUGGCCCAAAGGCUAACGACAAUCACCACCAUCACCGCCAACUCAGCUCUGACCGAACCCAUGGGGGGAUUUCACCAGCCAUUAGUAAGAGACUGAGGAGCUUGAAUCCGUCUUGUGAUUCGGACGAGGAUGGUUGCCAGAGCCCAGAACCGCCCCAUGGCGUCCCCAAGGGAUAUUUGGCCGUUUAUGUGGGCCCGGAGCUCCGAAGGUUUAUCAUCCCAACUAGCUACCUCAGCCACCAGGUGUUUAAGGUGUUGCUUGAAAAGGCCGAGGAGGAGUUUGGGUUUGAUCAUAGUGGUGGUCUCACAAUCCCUUGUGAGAUUGAGACCUUCAAGUACCUCCUCAAGUACAUGGAAACCCAUCAGGAUGAUCAACCUGAUGACAACACAGCUGAAUCAUCACAAACCAUCGAAGAGUAAUUAUUUGCUUUUGGUCCCCGUGGCAAUCCAAAUCUUAGGUCUGAUUUUCUGGUGUAAAGGAAGUCUCAUUGUAUGCAGGAUUUUUUUUCCCCUUUCUAAAGUGAAAAAUUAGAGAUUUUAGUUAGAAUUUUGGUGGGAGGCAUGUUGGCAGAUGUGGAGCAGUA